AUGGAAGAUUCCCGGAACCGGAUGUGCAUGGAAGCUGAAGAUCGCGUGGACGACCCCCUGAGCACAUGGGGGAAUGCUGAGGAUGGUGGCCUCCCGUUUGGCAAUGACAUCUUCUUCAACGCAGCUAUGGAUGCUUUCGGAGAAUUCAGCGUGGGAGACGACUUGUGCUUGAAGGCGUGUCACAUCGCCUGGACUAUCAUGGUGGCCCAGACCACAGCCCCGCAAUCCGGCAGGGAGGGUGGCGGCAGGACCGAUCUAGAGAGAAAAGGGGGAGGAGCAGCAGGGAGGAAGCAGCAGGGAGCGAGCAGCAGGGAGGGAGCAGCAGGGAGGAAGCAGAAGGGAGGUUGCAGCAGGGAGGGAGCAGCAGGGAGGAGGCAGCAGGGAGGAAGCAACAGGGAGGGAGCAGCAUGGAGGAAGCAGCAGGGAGGAAGCAGCAGGGAGGAAGCAGCAGGGAGGAAGCAGCAAGGAGGGAGCAGCAGGGAGGAAGCAGCAGGGAGGUUGCAUCAGGGAGGGAGCAGCAGGGAGGAAGCAGCAGGGAGGAAGCAACAGGGAGGGAGCAGCAUGGAGGAAGCAGCAGGGAGGAAGCAGCAGGGAGGAAGCAGCAGGGAGGGAGCAGCAAGGAGGGAGCAGCAGGGAGGAAGCAGCAGGGAGGGAGCAGCAGGGAGGAAGAAGCAGGGAGGGAGCAGCAUGGAGGGAGCAGCAGGGAGGAAGAAGCAGGGAGGGAGCAGCAUGGAGGGAGCAGAAGGGAGGUUGCAUCAGGGAGGGAGCAGAAGGGAGGUUGCAUCAGGGAGGGAGCAGCAGGGAGGAAGCAGCAGGGAGGGAGCAGCAGGGAGGGAGCAGAAGGGAGGUUGCAUCAGGGAGGGAGCAGCAGGGAGGAAGCAGCAGGGAGGGAGCAGCAGGGAGGAAGCAUCAGGGAGGGAGCAGCAGGGAGGGAGCAGAAGGGAGGUUGCAUCAGGGAGGGAGCAGCAGGGAGGAAGCAGCAGGGCGGAUGCAACAGGGAGGGAGCAGCAGGGAGGAAGCAGAAGGGAGGAAGCAACAGGGAGGGAGCAGCAGGGAGGGAGCAGCAGGGAGGAAGCAGCAGGGAGGAAGCAGCAGGGAGGGAGCAGCAGGGAGGGAGCAACAGGGAGGGAGCAGCAGGGAGGAAGCAGCAGGGAGGGAGCAGCAGGGAGGAAGCAGCAGGGAGGGAGCAGCAGGGAGGGAGCAGAAGGGAGGAAGCAGCAGGGAGGGAGCAGCAGGGAGGAAGCAUCAGGGAGGGAGCAGCAGGGAGGGAGCAGAAGGGAGGUUGCAUCAGGGAGGGAGCAGCAGGGAGGAAGCAGCAGGGAGGAAGCAGCAGGGAGGGAGCAGAAGGGAGGGAGCAGAAGAGAGGAAGCAACAGGGAGGGAGCAGCAGGGAGGGAGCAGCAGGGAGGAAGCAGCAGGGAGGGAGCAGAAGGGAGGGAGCAGAAGGGAGGAAGCAACAGGGAGGGAGCAGCAGGGAGGAAGCAUCAGGGAGGGAGCAGCAGGGAGGGAGCAGAAGGGAGGUUGCAUCAGGGAGGGAGCAGCAGGGAGGGAGCAACAGGGAGGGAGCAGCAGGGAGGAAGCAACAGGGAGGGAGCAGCAGGGAGGAAGCAGCAGGGAGGGAGCAGCAGGGAGGGAGCAGAAGGGAGGUUGCAUCAGGGAGGGAGCAGCAGGGAGGAAGCAGCAGGGAGGGAGCAGCAGGGAGGGAGCAGAAGGGAGGAAGCAGCAGGGAGGGAGCAGAAGGGAGGUUGCAUCAGGGAGGGAGCAGCAGGGAGGAAGCAGCAGGGAGGGAGCAGCAGGGAGGAAGCAUCAGGGAGGGAGCAGCAGGGAGGGAGCAGAAGGGAGGUUGCAUCAGGGAGGGAGCAGCAGGGAGGAAGCAGCAGGGAGGAAGCAACAGGGAGGGAGCAGCAUGGAGGAAGCAGCAGGGAGGAAGCAACAGGGAGGGAGCAGCAGGGAGGGAGCAGAAGGGAGGUUGCAUCAGGGAGGGAGCAGCAGGGAGGAAGCAGCAGGGAGGAAGCAACAGGGAGGGAGCAGCAUGGAGGAAGCAGCAGGGAGGAAGCAACAGGGAGGGAGCAGCAGGGAGGGAGCAGCAGGGAGGAUGCAGAAGGGAGGAAGCAGCAGGGAGGAAGCAGCAGGGAGGAAUCAGCAGGGAGGCAGAGGAUUAACAGCAAAUGAGAGAGCAGGUGAGGAGCUGCAAAUGCAUGGAGGACCAUUGGAGUAA